AUGACUACCCAACAAGGCGCUAUCAGCAAGCGUCGCAAGUUCGUCGCUGAUGGUGUUUUCUACGCCGAGCUGAACGAGUUCUUCCAGCGCGAGCUGGCUGAGGAAGGUUACUCUGGCGUCGAGGUUCGAGUCACCCCUACCGUCACCGAUAUCAUCAUCCGCGCCACACACACCCAAGAAGUCCUGGGCGAACAAGGCCGACGCAUUCGCGAACUCACCUCCCUGAUCCAAAAACGCUUCAAGUUCCCCGAGAACAGCGUCUCCCUCUAUGCCGCAAAAGUCCAAAACCGUGGUCUCUCCGCCGUCGCACAGUGCGAAUCCCUCCGAUACAAGUUGCUCAAUGGCUUGGCCGUGAGACGGGCCUGCUACGGUGUGUUGCGGUUCAUUAUGGAGAGCGGUGCCAAGGGCUGUGAGGUCGUGGUCAGUGGAAAGCUGAGAGCUGCUCGGGCAAAGAGUAUGAAGUUCACGGACGGCUUCAUGAUCCACUCCGGUCAACCCGUCAACGACUUUAUCGAUUCCGCAACCCGACACGUCCUCCUCCGCCAGGGCGUUCUGGGCAUCAAAGUCAAGAUCAUGCGCGGCUCCGACCCCGAAGGCAAGGCCGGUCCCCAGAAGUCUCUCCCCGACAGCGUCACCAUUAUUGAACCCAAGGAAGAACAGCCUGUCGUGCAACCCAUGAGCCAAGACUACGGUGCCAAGGCACUGGCUGCCCAGCAGGCCGCGCAAGAUGCCCGGGCGGCGGCUGACGCGGAGCAGGAGGGUGCUGGUGGGGAGGAGCCAUAUGCCCAGGAGUAG